CACAGCACAGCGUCGUCCAUGCAAUCCACAACGGCCUCCUAUCGGGCCAAGCGGCGCAGCCGCAGCGAGGACGACUGCCGGGCACCCUGCGAGCGCGAAAAGAAGCACGAGGCCCACAUCCGCGAGCGGCAGGAGCAGUUGAAGCGCAAUAGAGCAGCAUCGUCGGCGGCAUUGAGGUCGCGCCAGCAGCAGCAGCAGUCGUCGCGUAGCAGCCAACGCUGGCCGGAGGACAGCCCCAGAAGGAUGGAGAGUGGACCAGCGGCGCUGCCGGAGAAUCCUACGACCAAGAAAAAACCAGUGGCCCCAGGGAGUCUGGCAAACAAAGGAAAGCUUAAAGCUAAGGGAAAACCAGACAUUAAAAGAAAGCCUUUAGCGGCGGCGGCAGCAGUGGAGGCUGCGGCAGUGAAAGAGAGAGAGCCGGAAACAGAGAGAGAUCAGCUGUGGAGCGAGGAGCUGUUGUUGGAUGAUCGUACGAUCUUCGAGGCGGACGAGCCAAGAAGGACUGAGGAGCAUCAGCAGGAACAAACGAUGCCCUUAAACCGCAGCAUCAACAGCACAACGCUGGGUCAACUCCUGAAGGCGUCCCAACAGGGGACGAAUUCCCCUCUGCUCUGCCCGCUGGCCGUGGCCCUGCACAGCCUGGUGGCGGAGUUCCUGCACGCGGAGAACUAUCCGUUGACCCUCACUAUGUUCUGCACCGAGAUUCCGCACCGGAGUCGCACACCAGCGACACCCCACAUCGAGUUCCGCUUCAGCCAGGACGAUGUGAGGGACGUUCUCAGCGUUCUACUUGGUGGACGGGACACGUUCAGGGCAGCGGUGCAGCGCACCUACUACCAGGAGCCGUCUCAAUCCCCCAGCGAGGGUCAGAGCCUGCUAGGAGCCUUGCUUCGUGUCCUGAUGGGGGAGAAUUUACCUCCAACGGAGGAGAUGCCAAGGCAGACGGAGAAGAACAUACAAACGGUACCCGUGAUAGAGUACGACGCUUCCCGAAAGGUCUUCGUGGGCCCACGCCUCUGCCAAAAGAUUCACUCAAUAGAGCGGCGACUGAGCGAUCUGAUUCGGCAUAUGAGCAAGCUCUCGGCGUCUUGUGGCCCUCCCGUAGAGAUCAUCACCCAGCCCGUUCUCGAGGCCAUGCUCCAGGUCGAGCUGAAGGAGCGAGAGCGCCUGCGCAAGGCCGGAAAGGUGCUGGCACCGGAAAAGACAGCCGUACCGAUACCAGAGCCUGAACUGCCGACUCCCCAAGAGCAGGACGACUCGUUGGUCGACACGGGAGAGGGGGUGAUCAAGCUGCCGGAGAUGCAGGUGCAAAUGCCGGAUGUGCCACGACUCUUCCCGGAGCAAGUAGCCUUCAUGGCCACCAUCCGCCAGAGCCUGGUGGGACUGGUGCGCAAGGCGAAGCAGGCACAUCCGACCACAAUUGUCCAGACCUUCGAGCAGAUAGAAAGGUCCGUGGCGGAGCUGUGCGUGAAUGUCAAUCUGCUGAUCAACGUGGUCCACAUAUCCAUGGAGCAGGAGUAUGCGGUGGGCAGGCACAGCGGCUUCAGGGCCGGCUACCACGAGGGAUUCGCGCAUGGCCACUACAUAGGCGUCCAGGAGGGCAAGCAGCCCCAUCCCAGUACAUUCCGGGAUGUGGAUGUCCAGGCGGAACCAAUCCAUAGCCAACAUGCAUCCACUCAAACCAAGAAGGAGAAGGUCCAGCUGCAGAGGGACGUUGCAUGCCAAACAAUGAUGAACCAGAACGAACCUCUGACCCAGGUGGCUGCUGUGGCAUGCCAAACGAUGAUGCAGAGGGAAACUGCCGGCCACGUCGCAGUGGCAUGCCAAACGAUCCAGAUCGAGAAGCGUCUGGCCACAGUGGCUGUGGGAUCCCAGACGGUGAAGGAGAAGCCUCUCGCCAAGGACCAAGUGGCAAAGGGCACCCAAACGAAGGUGACUGCAGACACAAAGACCUACGAAAUGUGGAUACACGAGAUGCUGCACAGUGCCAGUGGUAAGAUCUUCCUAGAGCGCGUGGAGCUGUCGCUGAAAAAGGCCUACGAGCUGCAGAAGAAGCUACUGGGCGAUAUCUACCAAGAGAGAUUUCGCCACCAGUACGAUAUGUUGCAUCUCAACCACCGACAGAGCUCCUGGCGGACACUCUGCCGCCACGUGCAAAGGGACUCUCAUUGCUCGGUCGAGGCACGGGAACUGGUGCAGAAGAUCUUCAACCUGCUGGAACACUACGAGGACCAUCAGAAGUUCCUCGCCGCCAAGAUCCAUGAAACAGAACUGGCCGUCGAGACGCCGGUUCGCUUUAUGCCCCCAGAUUUGAGUUCUGGCCAGGAACCAGAGGUUCCCAACUGGACCUCGGCCGCAUCCCACUCCGUGACAACGGGUACGAGUCAUUCCUCCCCAACAGCGGUGCCUCCUGCAGCUCCCAUGGAAGACAUACCAACGCCCUAUUCCUGUCAGCAGAUGAUUCCACCUCCGCCGGCAAUUGUUGUGGUGCCACCUUCUCAGAAGCCCAGCAGACACACUGUGACCCCAAAUACGAAUUCAUCCUCGCCGCCUCAAACAACGGCUUCUCUGCCUCAAGUCGCGGCUUCUCCGCCUAAACCUACGUUAUCUGUGCCUCUAGCGAUGCCCUUUUUAUCGCAUCAACCAAUGUCUUUGUCUUAUCAAGCACCAGCACCAAAACCAGCAGCACCUACAAAAGCCUCGUGCUUCGAGGACGACCUGGUCAGUGUCAAGAACCGCAUGCAGCAGCUGGAGCAGGAGAGCGAUCUGCUGGAGCAGAACUUCCUCGACUAUCUGGAGCGGGCACGUCAGAGACCGCCGGAGCCCAGUGUAUCCAAGAAGCAGAUGAAGCCCACAAGAAGGAGGUUCGAGGAUGCGGCAGCUGUGGCCAAAAUGGAGGAGCUCAUAGAGCAGAGGACGCUGACGCCGGAGCCAGACAGCUAUCACUUCACCAAUACGUUAGCUGUGGCCAGGAGAAAGCUGCUGGGCAGGGACUUUGAGCCAAGGACGACGACGAGCCCCACGAGGGUCAGUCGGAAGGUGGCGCAGGUGGAGGAGGAGACACAGCAGAUACUCUGCCGUGUGAGGUCGGAGUUCACGCGCACCAACCACCUACUGCCGGAGAUCACAUCUGCCACAAACAGCAGCAGCCACGAGGAUCUGGAUGUCCUCAUGCGUCGGGCUAAGCAGGCGAUGCGAUUGAAUGAGCAGCCGCCUGCACGACGUCCGAGUCUCCUGGACUGCAGCAUCAGUAGCACCCUCACCAGCAGCAGCAGAAGCAGCGCCAGCGAUAUGUUCCAGCCAUAUAUUAACAUUCCAGGCAUGGAGAUGACGGAGAUGGACAGAGCAGCUCCACCGAGCACGCGGCUUCAGCAAUCCAUGGCCAAGAUGCAGCAGCUAUUUGGAGGCGGAGCCAGGAAACCACCAGAUCAGAGAUUGCCACAGCCACAACCACAGCCGCCGCCCAGAUCCACAAUACGGCCCGUCAGUGCACCCACUUGUAGAGGGACUGCAGGAGGAGUAAGAGCAGCAGAUGGAGGCACAAUUCGCCCCCACACGGCACCCACACCACAACAGCAACAGCAACAGCCACGCCAACAGCAGCACCAAUACUUCCAUUCAUCCGAAGACGUUCUCCUCUUGAGCUCCUCCACCUGCAGCAGUUCUGCCGUCAGCAGCCAUCGUCAUUACCGAACUACAGAUAUCUACGAGGGACUGGUGCUAGACGAUACGACUCAUGCGACUCAUCAUCCUGUCAGUCCGGAGAUUAUCCACAGCCGCAACUUCUGGAAGCGCCUGAACCUAUGAGUAGACUAUGCGAACAGCUCCAUCGAGAGAGGCAAUCUGUAACCGAAGAAGCCCUAAGGUAGAUCCUAAUAAAUGCGCCACUCAAUUCCAAGCCAAA